CUGGCCGAGCUGCGGGGAGUGCCGCGAGGCCUCUACGACGGCCCCGUCUGCGAAGUGUCGGUGACCCCCAAGACUGUCACGCCCGCGUCCUCAGCCAAGACCUCUCCUGCCAAGCAGCAGGCACCACCCGUGAGGAACCUGCACCAGUCUGGGUUCAGCUUGUCUGGGGCACAGAUCGACGACAACAUCCCGCGCCGCACGACUCAGCGCAUCGUGGCACCGCCGGGCGGACGUGCCAACAUCACCAGCCUGGGCUAG